CCGACCUGCCGCGGUCAGGAGGUAACACAUGCAUCUUGGUAGCGGUGGACCGUUUCUCCAAGGCCUGCCGCUUGGUGCCUCUGAAGGGCCUGCCCACAGCCCUUGAAACUGCAGAGGCCUUGUUCCAUCAUGUUUUCAGGAACUUUGGUCUCCCGGAGGAGAUAGUUUCGGACCGUGGUCCCCAGUUCACGUCUCGGGUUUGGCGAGCUUUCUUCCAGCUCCUAGGGGUGUCGGUCAACCUGACAUCGGGGUACCACCCGCAGUCCAACGGCCAGGCGGAACGUAAGAUUCAGGAGCUGAACCGGUAUUUAAGGACUUACUGCAGCCAGGAUCAAGGGGAUUGGGCUCGCUUCUUGCCAUGAGCAGAGUAUGCCCAGAACUCACUCCGCCAGGAUGCCACAGGCCUCACCCCUUUCCAAUGCGUGCUGGGGUUCCAGCCGCCCCUGUUCCCAUGGUCGGACGAGCCUAACGACGUACCAUCAGUGGAUGCCUGGUACCGGGAGAGCCACCGGAUCUGGGAGUCAGCACACACCCAGCUGCGCCGGGCGCUCCGCAACACCCGCCGGCACGCUGACGCUCGGCGUCCCCAGGUUCAUUGGGCCUUUCAGGAUCUCCAGGCAGAUCAGCGACGUUUCAUACCGGCUGGAGCUGCCGUCCAGGUAUCGCAUACACCCCACUUUUCACGUGUCCCUGCUUAAACCUUGUGCCUCACCUGUCUCUCGCCCUCCAGGUGACCCCGUGGCGCCCGUCCAGCCGGAAGUCGUGGCUCAGCCUGGCGUCUACGCAGUGCGGGAAGUCCUGGACUCCAGAAGGCACCUGGUAUACUGGGAGGGUUACGGCUCGGAGGAUCGGUCAUGGGUGGCCCGGCGGGACGUGCUGGACCCAAGUCUGCUGACGGAGUUCCAUGCUGCCCACCCACGCCGCCCAGCGCCCAGGGCUAGGGGUCGUCCUCGUCGCAGGGUCAGGGCGUCCGGUUCCACCCCUGGAGGAGGGGGUGGUGUCAGGGAGCUCUCUGACUCUGCUCCCGUGCGUGCCUCGCCCGCACGGAGCGGCUCGCCUGCUUACUGAAUGCUCUCACCUGACUCUCAUUUCACUCUCAUCAGCCACCAUAUAUAAUCCCCUCUCUCACUCCCACUCACCGUCAGUUAUUAUCCAUGGUUUCACUGAACAUUUCUCGACACUCCCGUGUUCAUGUUCAGCUUCGUGCUUCUCCCAUGUGCUCCCGUGGUUAGUACACCGACUGCCUUUCAUCCCCUACUCUCUGGACUUUGUGGGCCGCGCUUCCACCGCGCACCACCAGAUUACACAGACUGCCUUGCUACUCUGAAAGCUGUUGUAGAACAAACACACGGCGGUAACAACAAUUACAAGACAAAUACACGGUGAAAGAAAAGAACUUAAAUACAUAGACAAAUCAAGGGAGAAAAAGGAAACAGGUGAGUAUA